ACUCCAAUUUCUCGUACUUCUCGCACUUGCUUCUCAACUCUGGAUUUGAUGAGCCGUCCAACAAACAUAAAAAUCCCUCAGCUCUCCCUUCAGCCUCCGUCGAACUCGCUGAAAGGACGGGGGAGGAGUGGAAGCAUAGUCAAGGUGGAAGAGAUUGGGGGAAGGUCAGAAGAAGUACUGGAUAGAAGUGCCUAUGUCAAUAUAAACGCAAAUUGGGUCAAUGCUAAAAGGGGCGUGGCUGAUUCACGUAGUUUUGGUUUUGAUGGGGAAAAUUGUCGUCGACACCAUUCCGGGGAUGACUCGACAAAUCAGCUGGACCUUGGUCAAUCUGAUAUAUCUUGC